AUGUCUGCAUUUAAACUUCCCUCUAUUCCUAAGAUGCCAGUCUCAAUGACUAAUCAGAAUAGCGACGAAAUCGAGUAUAACCAUUUAUUGGGAAAGGAAUUUCCGAGAUUUUCUUGGGGUGACAUCGAACAUGGGAUGUCAAUAGGCCAGGGUUCGUUCGGUGCCGUGUCACUAUGUGAGCACAAGGGACAAAAAGUCGUCAUCAAAAAGCUUCUCAGUGAAGACAAAUCGGAGAAAGAUAUCAUUGUGAAGGAGGCGCGUCUUCUUCAUGAGAUCAAAAGCAGUUUUAUCGUCAAACUGGAAGGUAUUUGUUUAUCCCCAUGCGCUCUUAUGCUGGAGUACCUGCGCUUUGACUUUAGGCCAUUUGGAGGCAAUGAAUCUGUCAACAGUCUAGAUAAAUUCCUGAAGUACGUGGAUCAAAGUAGUCUGAUUGACGAAAUUUCGUUUUCUACAAAAAUUGCAAAAGAUAUUGCUGAUGGUGUAAAUUAUCUCCACACGCGUGACAUUGUCCAUCGUGACAUUAAGCCCGCUAAUGUGCCUGUCUCUAAUCAGCAUUAUUGCAACUUAAAAGGAAGACGCCAACAGCAAAAAUACGUAGAGGAGCCAAUUAUCCCGUAUCCACCAAACAGCGGACGUACUGAGGACGGCAACAACCAACAUAAAGCGUGGUACCCCAGUUUACCGAGCACCGGAGCUGUUCUCAGGAGCCAAGCCUAA